AUGUCUCUAAUCUCCGCUCGUUUGGCCUCCUCGGUGGCCAGGCGCCUGCCUAAUGCCGCUACACAGGCUUCGAAGGUCGCCGUGCCCGCGGUGGCUGUGGCUGCGCGCAAGAUCCACGUCUCGUGCACACAACGGGCUGCCGAAAUCUCCCAAAUUUUGGAGGAGAGAAUCCUCGGUGCUGCACCCAAGGCCGACUUAGAAGAGACUGGUCGUGUAUUGAGCAUCGGUGACGGUAUCGCCCGUGUGUAUGGUCUCAAGAACAUCCAGGCCGAGGAGAUGGUGGAAUUCUCCUCCGGUCUUAAGGGUAUGGCUCUUAACUUGGAGCCUGACAAUGUGGGUGUGGUAGUAUUCGGUAACGACAAGCUGAUCAAGGAAGGAGACAUCGUCAAACGUACUGGUGCCAUCGUAGAUGUGCCCGUCGGUGAACAACUGCUGGGUCGUGUAGUCGAUGCCCUUGGUAACGCCAUUGAUGGCAAGGGACCCAUCGCUACCAAGUCACGUAUGCGUGUCGGUAUUAAAGCUCCUGGUAUCAUUCCCCGUGUAUCCGUACGAGAGCCCAUGCAGACUGGUAUCAAGGCCGUCGACUCAUUGGUGCCAAUCGGUCGUGGACAGCGUGAGUUGAUCAUCGGCGACCGUCAGACCGGUAAGACAGCCCUGGCCAUCGACACCAUCAUCAACCAACAGCGGUUCAACAAAGGCGAGGAUGAGAAGAAGAAGCUGUACUGCAUCUACGUAGCCAUCGGACAGAAGAGAUCCACUGUCGCACAGAUCGUGAAGAGAUUGACUGACGCCGGUGCUAUCAACUACACAAUCAUCGUGUCCGCUACCGCCUCUGACGCCGCUCCCCUGCAAUACCUGGCGCCCUACUCCGGCUGCGCCAUGGGAGAGUUCUUCCGUGACAACGGCAAGCACGCCCUCAUCAUCUACGACGAUCUGUCCAAACAGGCUGUUGCCUACCGUCAGAUGUCUCUGCUGCUCCGUCGUCCCCCCGGUCGUGAGGCUUACCCCGGUGACGUAUUCUACCUCCACUCUCGUCUGCUCGAGCGUGCAGCUAAGAUGUCCGAUAAAAUGGGUGGUGGUUCCCUGACCGCUCUCCCCGUCAUCGAGACCCAGGCUGGUGAUGUAUCAGCUUACAUUCCCACCAACGUGAUCUCUAUCACUGACGGACAAAUCUUCUUGGAGACUGAGCUCUUCUACAAGGGUAUCCGUCCAGCCAUCAACGUUGGUCUGUCUGUGUCCCGUGUAGGAUCCGCUGCUCAGACCAAGGCUAUGAAACAGGUGGCCGGUUCCAUGAAACUGGAAUUGGCUCAGUACCGUGAGGUAGCCGCUUUCGCCCAGUUCGGUUCAGACUUGGACGCCGCCACCCAGCAGUUGUUGAACCGUGGUAUGCGUCUUACUGAGCUGCUCAAACAGGGCCAGUAUGUGCCAAUGGCCAUUGAAGAACAGGUCGCCAUUAUCUACUGUGGUGUACGUGGACAUCUUGACAAGUUGGACCCAACCAAGAUCACUGCCUUUGAAAAGGAAUUCACCCAGCACAUCAAGACCAGCCACCAGGGUCUUCUUAACACCAUCGCCAAGGACGGACAGAUCACUCCCGAGUCUGACGCCUCAUUGAAGAAGAUCGUCUCAGACUUCCUCGCUACCUUCCAAGCACAAUAA